CUUGAAACGAACAGAACGGCUAUUAACUAAAAAAAAGUAUUAUCAGUCACAGCUACACCUGUCGAGGAAAUAUUUUUCUUUAAAAGAACACAAGUACUCGUGAUAAGGAAAAACAAAACAUAUAAUAUUGAGAAAUUAUUAAAAAAGAAAAUAAAUAUAAUAUGAAAUUAUCAUUAAAAUCAUAAUGAAAUAUGCUAAAAUUUAUUUAAUAUUUAUAAUUAUCUUUCAAAUAUGUUGUGUUAUAAAUGGUGAUAAAAUCAAAGUUGUCAGUUUAAAUGCGUGGAAUUUGUCAAAUGAAAAUGGAACCAUUCACAUCAAUAAUUUAAAAAGUCCCAUUGGAGUAUAUACUGCUUUGAAAGAUGAAUAUGGUUGUAUUUUGGAGUCGAAGAAUGACGACAACUUACGAUGGAUUGCAUAUGACAAUUGGACGUUUUCUACAGUCUUCGGAAUCACUAUCGAUAAAGGACAACGGGUAAAUCUCACUCUUCAUGGAAUUGAUACAGUAUCUACGGUACAUUUAAAUGGCUAUGAAAUUGGUAAAACUGAAAAUAUGUUUAUACGCUAUUCCUUUGAUAUUAGUACCUAUCUAAAGUCUAAUAAUAUUUUGGAAAUCAAAAUAAAAUCACCCAUCUUAACGGCAAAGGAGCGAGCGGAAAAUCUCAAGGAAAAUGGAAUCAAUGUACCACCCGAUUGUCCACAUGUUCGUACAAAUGGUGAGUGUCAUCGUAAUAUGUUGAGAAAAAUGCAGGCAAGUUUUGGUGGAGAUUGGAAUUUAGCUGCACCAUCGAUGGGAAUAUGGAAACCGGUAGAUUUGGAAUACUAUGAAGUGGCCAUAAUGAGAGAUGUCGAUGUGGCGCUACGUCAUAACGAAACACAUUGGACUAUGGAUAUGAGAUUGUUUCUUAGUACCGAUAUACGUCAGAAGUUUUUUUGUGAUGUCAAGUUUAUUGCAGUAGAACUUCUAGAUAAACCUAUAGUUUUUAAACGCGAAAUUUCUUAUAACUCUCUUAAAAUAGAAUUUAAAGUGGAUAUACCAAAGACUAAAAUUAAAUUAUGGUGGCCCAAUGGCUAUGGAGAACAGAAAUUAUAUCCUUUAUAUUUUGAAAGUAAUUGUUAUUUAAAUUCUACCGGGCCUAGACUGACAUCGAAAACAAAAUCUCAAAAAACCAUAGAUGUAGGUUUUCGCACCAUAGAACUGGAAGAGGAUUUAGAUGAUUUCGGUCGCACUUUUUAUUUCAAAGUUAACGAUCAGCCAAUUUUUAUUAAGGGUGCCAAUUUUAUGCCCUCCCAUAUCUUACCCGAAUAUUCUUACAGAGAAAGUAAAUUAUUACAUCUUAUAAAGUCAGCUAAAGAAACCCAUUUGAAUAUGUUAAGAGUUUGGGGUGGUGGUUUUUAUGAAUCAGAUACAUUUUACAAUUUAACCGAUUUCUAUGGUAUAUUAGUGUGGCAAGAUUUGGCAUUUACUGCUUCAACUUAUCCCUUUUCCGAUUCAUUUGUUGAAUCCGUCCGUUUGGAGACCUCACAAAAUGCUAGACGUUUAGCUUUCCAUCCCAGCUUAUGUAUGUUUGUGACCAACGAUGAAAUUGAAUUGUAUUUGACAAAGAAUAAAACAGAAUUGGGUGCGGACUCAGCACGUCUAGAGGAGGAAUAUAAGCAAAUGUUUAUGGGCACCAUACGUCAUGAGCUGAAUGUUAUAUCACGAAAUGAUUUUAAUCCCAGGGCAGGUCCAAUGAUUUCGACACCUUCUAUGGGAGUGGAAGAGAGUAAGAAGGAAAUAUCAAUAGAUCCGCAAAAUCCAAAUUAUGGUGAUGUUCAUUUCUGGGAAAAUGAAAAAGAUGGCAUGGAUCCAGAUAUUUAUCCGCGAGCCCGUUUCAUAUCGGAAUAUGGUUUCCAAAGUUUACCUGCUCUGACAGCAUGGAAUCGUACUAUUAAUAAAAACGAUAGUUUGUCUGAUAUUGUACAGCAUAGACAACAUGAUCCCAAGGGUUUUAUACCUAUAUUAAAAUUAAUAUUAAGACAUUUUGCAUUGCCUGCAAUGGACUGGGAAAAAAAUGUAGAGCCUUUAAUCUAUUUAUCGCAAUUGACACAAGCAAUGGCCACUAAAACUGCCACGGAGGUGUUUAGAUCUCAUAGAACGCAUAAGAGAACAAUGGGAGCCAUUUACUGGCAACUAAAUGAUAAUUGGGUUGCACCCUCUUGGUCUAGUAUCGAUUAUUUCGGUAACUAUAAGAUGGUUUGGAAUUGGUGCAAAGAAUUCAUGGCUCCCACCGCUAUAAUAGCUUUAAUGGAUGUAAAAAAUUCUCGCAUCAAUGUCACCGUUACGAAAGAAGAAACAGUUAACGAUAUUGAAAAACCCGAAAUAUACAAUAUAACAAUGUAUACAUUUUUAUGGUCCGAAUUAUAUCAUAGAAGAUCUAUAUCAUGGGAAGUUUCAUUGACUUCUAAUGGCAUUAAUACUGAUUACUUGGAUAUGAGUACCGUAUUUAGUCAGCCCUUUACCCGACAAAAUUGUUUUUUGAAAUUUGUGUUAUCUCGAAAUAAUACAACUAUAUCCAGUACUUUUAUAAUACCAAGCAAGAUCACUGCCACCAAUGGCUUGUCAGAUCCUCAGUUAAAGUAUGGUCUUUCUUCGACAUUUUGUCUAAAUACUAAUAUUGAUUAUAUACAAUACUAUACCAUUACAAUAACGGUUAAAAAACCAGCUGUAUUUGUUUAUUUGGAACUUUAUCAUCCUGCUGUUGAGAAAUAUAAAUUUUCAGAAAAUGGUGUUAUAAUAACGGCACCCAUUAAGGUGAUUCAUCUGGAAUUUCAAUUGAAAGCCGCACCAUGUGUUACUCUCACCAAAGAAAACAUACGCAUUAUAACAAUUAAUGAUUUAAUAUUAGGAGAUUCACCCGGUUAUAAUAAUAACGGUAAUGACGUUACAUCUACAACGGUAACAACCGAAACAUCUACAACAGAAGAAAUAUCCUUAACGGAAAUUAAUGAAUAUAGAACGGUUGAUGUUAAAAGUGAUGUUGCUGAUUUUGAAAUUGAUUUAAAUCAUGUAUAAACUAUUUAUAAUUAAAUUAAUAUAAUUUUAAAUCGUAUUUCAUAUUUAUAAAUUAUACUUCCAGUACGGCAAAAAUAUAUACAAUAGCAUAUAUGUUUCUAUUAUUGUAAAUCAUAUACCAAAACUUAA